CUCUGCAGAGUGUUUGUGGGCGUGUGGACCUCCUGACCCAGAGCCUCCCCCACCCCACCUCCCUCUCCACCCCUCCGCCUACUCCCCCAACUCCGGAGCCGCUGUAGGGGCCAUGGACGGACUGCGCCUACCACCACUCAUCGAGGAGGCGCUCGACUCCACAGAUGAAAGCAGCGAUCUGAAACCAGACGAGGCCAUCAUGAGCAGCGAGAUCACCGCCAAGGAGCGGGACGUGCUGGAGGAGAACAACGAGAAGGAGCAGAUGGAGAAGGAGGUGAAGGAGGAGAAGGCCGGCGAGGAGGAGGAGGACGAGGAGCCCCUCUCCCAGGAGCAGGAGCUGGAGGAGCUGCGGGCCCAGGUGCUGCAGCUGCUCCUGGAGCUGGAGGAGACGCGCGACACCUCCCAGAAGCACCAGGAGAGCUUCCUGGAGCUGCAGGGCCUGUUAGAGGAUGAACGCCUGGCCAGUGCCCACCAGGCUGAAGCCUUCACUCGCCAGAUACAGCGGCUCCAAGCCCAGCUGCGCUCGGUGCAGGAGGAGAUGGACAGCCUGGAGGAGGAGAAGGAGAGCGAGCUGAGGGAGGCGCAGGAGGAGCUGCAGGCUGCGCAGGAGGAGGUGGUGCUGCUGCAGCAGGCGGCCGAGGAGGCGGCGGCCGAGCGCGAGAACGACAUCGCCAGCCUGCAGGAGGAGCUGUGCCGCCUGCGCGCCCAGAUGCAGCGGCUGCAGGACACGGCGCAGGAGUACGAGCUGGAGAUCACCACGCUGCGCGCCGAGAUCGCCAUGAAGAGCCAGCGCCGCGACGAGGAGCGCCGCGAGGGGGGCGUGUGCCAGCUGAGGGAGGAAUGCAUGACGCUGAAGGAAGAGUGUCAGACCCUGAAGGACGACAACAGACGACUGUCCGAGCGACUGCACCUGCUCCACAGGAUGGGAAGCAGCUCUGGUAGCGUGUACAUGACCCUGAAGGAGGAGCUGGAGGACGGCAUGUCUCCAGACGGAGGCGUCUCCACGCAAACGUCCGGCACCAACUGCCGACUGGUGGACGCCUCCAUCCAGAAGAACAUCUCCUUCGACGGCAAGCCCAUCACGCCCUCCGGCUGGACAGGGGGGAUCUCGGAGAUCUUCUCCCUCAGGGACCAGCUCAAGCAGGCGGAGGAGAGGGCCUCACAAGCGCAGAGAGAUUGUGACAGUCUGAAGAUGGAGCUGCGGGAGCUGCAGGUGCUGUAUGACACCAGCCAGCGGGAGCGGGCCGAGCUGGAACUGGAGCUACUGCGCUGCAGGGAGGAGCUGGACCGCCUGGCUGAGAAGGGCCUGCAGAUCUCCUCUCUCUCCUCUGAGCCUCCUCUUCUCUCCGUGCCUUUCGUAGGAAUGAUUGUAAUAGUGGCCACUUUCUGGUGCUGGUGGUCCGAGCUGUCAUCCUAGAAGAUGAAAGAAUGUGGAGGAAUGGGGAGCCUGGUCUGGGCCUGCAUGGUCACAGACAGCAGCGGUGGCAGCUAUGGUACUGCUCUUGUCCAGCCACACAAGAUUUACAUCCGGAUGACAUUAUUGGCACUGCCUCUGAGGCUACGCUGCGACUAAAACCUUGUUUAAAAGAAAAAAAAAAAAGUUUUCUUUCUUUUUUUCCCCCCCUUGUUUGGAUCACCACCACCACCAACACCACCAACACCACCAUGUUGUUGUUGGAACCUACAGUACCCACUGCUUUCCUCUAUGAGACUUUCUAAUAGGAGAUAAUAUUGAGGAGGUUGUUUUUGGGAGCUUUCUGAACCAAAGCGGAUGGAUUUUAGAGACAUGGGAAGAAGACCUGGCCAGGUGUGGUUUGGUUUGGGCAAUAAUGUCUGUGUUAUCCCUCUGAAGGAGGUGACCGCAGUGUCCAGCAGGAGGAGAACAACCUGCUCCUUUGAAUAUUACCGGACAGACUUUACUGUCUACUUUCUCUCUCCCUUGAUAUUCCUUUUCUUUCCUUCUUCAUGUCCUCUGUAAUUCUGUGGUAGCCCAUAAUCUACGGCUUUAGAAGCUUUAGAUAUAGAUAUAUCUAUAAUUUAUUCAGCUAUUUAAUUUCCUUUGUAUAUAGUAAGUCUAUUUUUGUGUUGAUAUUGUGUACUUAUUAGAGACUCAAUGUUUAAUUGAUGUCAUUGUUAACACGCUGAUGGGGAGAUUAAAAAAGAUGUAUGAAAGGCAAUAAGACAUAUCCAUAGAGACAUGGAAUUACUUGGGAGGGAAGUUUUUAAUGGAAGCCACUUUCAGAUUUAAUUAAUUCCUAACUCACCUCUGAGUUCUGUUUAAUAUUGGCGGCUCUCCUCUCAGCCCUUUCUUUGAGGGGAGCCAUUUUGUGCUCAUAAGUAUUGAUGGGAGAUGCUUACACGACUGAUAACAAGCUGAGCCAGCAAAGUGCCUGCCCCACUUAGUAAAGAGCCCAUUCUGCAUGAUAGUUAGCAUGGCAGUACUAUCUGAAACGCUCCCUUUAGCCAGCUGAUGAGAAUACCUCAAAUAUUCAUCCUACCAUAGUGUGUGUGUGUGUGUGUGUGUGUGUGUGUGUGUGUGUGCCCCUGUGUGUUUAUAUGUCACCAUUGCAUUAUAUGGUCUCAAAAUGUUGAUCUGUGCAGUCACAGAUUUGAUAUAGCUAUAUGUUACUGGAACUUGUAUGAAUGACUGAUGUUUUCUUUUGGAAGAUAUUUUCAUAGAAAUGUUUAAGAUUUUGCAGGUAUCGUCACUGAAAUGUGAAAUGAAACAAAUCUUUGCAGGUUUAUCCCUUUUUAUAUCAAAUGACAGCUACGCUUAACCACCAGUUUGUCCACAUGAGUUACAUGUUUUCACUUUUAUAAACAAUUGAGAAGCAUUUCAGAUUAUUAACAUAUUCAUAUAAAUGAAAUAUCAAUGAAUGACUCAAAGCUAACAAAAAACCCCUAGCAAAACAAAAAGUAUUUUUUUGCUCAUUCAACACAUACACAUAUUCAUAUACAUAUCCAUGUAUUAUUGACCACAAUGAAUAAUAUAUACAGUAGACUUUUAUUAAAUGAACAUCUCAUUACUGACACAUCCUCUCCAAAACCUCUCACUUGAAUGACUCCUGAGUAAUGACAUGUUAGAGGUGUGUGUCUGGCUGGAUGGCGCCAUGCCAGACUCUGACAUUUCCACAGUUUCGCCUCAGUUCAUUCUAGACUUGUGAGUCUGAUGGCAGUGGCACCUAUUCUAAAUGUGGUGACAUCUGACGGUUAAUUAGGGCCGCGCCUUCAAGGGUGGCGGCUUCCAAAAAAAUGUCAAGCAUGCACUGACAGUUAAAACUUUACUCUUAAUUAUUUUCUGCAUCAUAUACUGUACGCCAUUGGCAUUAAAAAAAAUAGCUGCCACUUUAUGCUUCACUGAUAUUAUUAACAUUUCUUACCUGCUGGUUGCAUUCUUCUUCACCAUCUCCCAAACACUCUCAAAGGCACAUAAAAGCACACCCUACCCUGGCUGUGAUCAACAGACACCCGCUGAACACAGCAUAACACACCCCGGGCAAACAACUGUAGCCCACUGAGCAGCCUCUAAGAAUGUUUACAGGGAUGUGCACACCAUGUGUGCCCUUGGAGCUACUGUACUUCACACAGAGACACCUCCACACAGAUCUUAUGGAUUCUUGAGAUGCACACACAGCCCAUCCCAGCCAAGUCUCCCAGAUAACAACCCCUCAUGAACCAUGCUUAGCUUUCAGGCUCCAGUCCACUAACAACACGUCCCUCUUUAGAUAUAAUGUCCAAAAAUGCAUACAACUACAAGAAACACCUCACCUUCUUACCAUGUGAGAAUCACAAAAUGGGGACUAACUCAAUUUUGACAAAAGUGUCAGACAGAACCUGCUGUGACCUCACACAUGGCUGGCUCAGCUUGUUUUGCUUGCCUCUACGGAUCUCUGUUCUUAAAAGAGGGCCCAAGGUACAUUGUGUGAGAAUGUAGAGUAUCUACAUUCCAGGCAUGUCUUUAGUGUUUCUUUAACAAACAGGUACGCUUGACUUAUUUGAGUACCAUAAUAAAAGCAUGCAUUUCACCCACUCUUAAAUAUUUAAACUGACCUUUGUAUUAAAACUUGGUCAAACGGAAUAGAUGACAUUCAUUCUGAUGAUCAGAUGAAUGUGAAUUAAAUAGUCCUACUUUGAGGUGUAUCCAAAGAAAAGGUACCAUUGUUAAGCAUUAUAGUUGUGAUGGAGUCUUAACAUUUGAGCAUUUUGUAUUGUAAAAACUGUCAGUCAAGUAUUUAGUCAAUUAUAUUAUAUCUCUGUAACUGUCUUUCUGUAGCUCAUGACAGACACUGGAUAACACUAAAGACUUAACAAAGUUUCACACAAGGGCCAUUAUUAAUUUGGACUUGCAUAAAUGAAACGGCACAUACUACCAUAAAAUAUGUAACUGUCAUAUUUUAGAACUUGUUUCAAUUUUAACUCUUACUCGCAAUGCAUCUGCUGUAAAUAAUGUUGUUGUGUUCGAGUUUUAAGCUUCAUAAGCUGCAUCAGAAAAACAAAAUAUUUGUAUCAGAUAACAUGAUAAAUAUUGCUUUUUAGAAUAUUGAUAUAUGAUAUAUUUUGACAGAAUGUUGUUUAUUUGUUGACCUAAUGUUGUAAUAGAGCGGUAUGCACAGUUUUUUUGUCAGGAAAAUCUUUAACAUUUUCAAACUCCUGUCACAUGUGAUUUUAGUAGCGGGUAGCAUUUGCAUGCAGAUAUGAUAGACAUUCUCUAUCUCUAGUGACCACUUACAAAGUGUUGAAUGUCAUGGUCAAGAAGUUGGUGUUUCAUGUAGAAAUCCAAAAAAAAAAGCAAUAUAUUAUCUGGGGUCUGUAGGGCAGAGCCUGCGCUUGUUAGUACAGCGAAUGCUACAUUUCCACUGAUAAUGCAAGUCUCUGCCAUCUUUUUAUAGACAAUAGGACGUCACACAGAGGCUGACAGGAAAGGAAGACUAAUGGGGAUAGUUAUUUCCUCCCUUGAAAUUAAGUGUGACACUAAAUAGCAGACGCAUGUGACAUUAAGAUCUCAUCAGCUCACGUUUUCUAGGUCCUUCUCGUGACCUACCACAAUGGCAAACAGUAUGAAAUGUAAGGCAAAAUUAUUUCACAGAUAAACAUGUUUGGUUGAAAUGCCCAAACCAUUCUAACCCCCCAAAAAGUAGAUUGAUGGCAUUGAAGUGUUCCUAUAUGGUAUUGACUGCAAUAUAGAUAAAACACUGUAACUAUUAAUUUGAGCUGCAUGUGGUUAAAAUUGCAUCGACUGUAGUUAUCAAAUGCUUGCUAUUUUCAGUUGUUUCCUAUUUGGCUUGCUGUUUCAAACAAUAUCUGUGGCUUUUUUUUUGUUAAUUGGAAAGUAUAUUUUGUACCAUAAAUGUUUUAUGAAAUAAAAUAUCUCCUGGCUAAUGA